UGUAUUUUACUUAUGUCUCAUUCGUAAACAACAGAGUACUCCGAGUCUUUGCUUUCUGUUUAUUUUUUAUCGGGUAUUCCUUUGUGGCCUUCACAUUCGUUUCGUUGCGACGUUCUUCAUUUUUGUUUCCAACGCUCGCAACGAACAACCAACCAAACGAAAGCGCGCGCUUGAAGCAACUGAUGAACACCCUCCAAUAAGACCAAAAGGAGGAUAAAACCAAUAAAACAAUCAAGGAAUUGAAUAAGAAUUGGAUUGGACAAAUUUGUUGGACAGGAUUAUUAUUUAAAAAACAUAAAAACAGGGCGAAAUCAGCAUUACAACAACUUGUUUUGACAUUUAAAGGUGCCGUCAGCUGGGGUGAUGCGACUACCUAGUAGAUCUACCUUGGCUUUGUCCAAGUAAAUGUCGCUGGUCCCAAAUCUGCCGUACAAAGUGCAGUCCGAUGGUUUAGAUCUUAAGAAGACUACAAUAUGACCAAAAAGAUUUUAAUGGUUUGUAUGGGAAAUAUCUGCCGUUCGCCUAUCGCAGAGGCCAUAAUGAGGAAAGCUCUACAUAGGCAAGGAGUAGACAAAGAAUGGCUAGUUGAUAGUGCAGCCCUAGUAGGGUAUCAUUCCGGUUCUCUACCGGAAGAAAGGGCGCUAAGUGUUCUACAGAACCAUGGUAUUCAGUAUGACAAAGAAGCCCGGGUAAUUAAUUCAAACGAUUUUGUGGAGUGCGAUUACAUCUUUGGUAUGGACAACGAUAAUGUGGCUGAACUGAAGAAAAUUGCUCCACCCGAUUGCAAAGCAAGAAUCAUGCUAUUGGGAGAUUUUGGUCUUGCAGAAUCGGAAAAAAAUAUAUAUGAUCCAUAUUAUUUUCUAGGUGAGGCACCUUUCGAAGAGGUCUAUGAUAAAUGUCUUAUAGCCUGCAAAGCAUUUAUAAACAAUGUAGUUUUAAAUAAACAUUGUUCAUGAUAAA